ACCACAUUAAAAUCCACCAUCGUCGUUCAACACAAUUAUUCGUCCACCAAAUUAACAAAUUCAAUUUUAUUUUAACUCAAUAUCCAAUAGUUAUCUAAAUAUUAUGGAUCUUGUCCUGUUGUCAAAUUGCGUCAAAGCGCUCCUUCAAGACGAAACGUUUCUUACUAACUUGAUCCAAGUGAAAGACGCCCUAGAAAUUCCAGCAAAGGAUUGGUUAUCAUUGGACAAUAGGUUCAAAAACGGAAGUAUAACGAUGUACGUCGUUAUCCGAGAUAUGCUUAUAAUUUGGCAGGGUCGUAAGGGAAGUCAGGUAGAAUUGGUGCCAGAUCUUAUUAACAUUUUGGAGCAAGAAGGUCUACAAAAUGCUGCAGAUCUUCUGAAGGAUCUUCUGAAGGGUUUUAAACGACCUAUCCAUAUGAUAAUUUCCACCCGAACUAAUAACCAACUAAUAUUUGAUGGAAUGCAGCCAAAACGAGACUUUGAUGUGCUUGCACGUCUCGAUGUCGGUACAUUCAGUGACGUUUUCAAAGUCCGCGACACCAUUGAUAACCGAGAAUACGCAGUCAAACGAAUUUGUGUAGGCCAAUUUCUCCUCCUUACCAAAACGUCAGGAGCUGCGGACGCCUUCCAUAAACUUGUCAGAGAAGUAGUAAUCAUGAAGAAAUUGCCUCGACAUGAAAACAUUGUCACUUGUCACGAUGCCUGGUUUGAAGGCCCUCUGCAACAAAGAUUUACUGAAUGGUUGAAACUAUCGGAAUCGAUGGCACCCCCUAUCUCCCCGAUGAAUGAAGUUUCCAGACCUCAAACCUGUGUUUCCGACGACGAAAAGAAUACCUUCAUGUACAUCAAAAUGGAACUAAUGGACAUCAACCUUGCUCAAUGGUAUCACCAAAAUCCCGAUAAAAUCGGAAAUUUUGAAACAACUGUGACGAUCACGAAGCAAAUGUUAGCGAGUUUGGCUACAAUUCAUGCGGAGGGUAUAAUUCAUCGCGACCUAAAACCCAACAACAUCCUGCUCAACCGUCGUGGAAAAGAAAUUACGGUAAAAAUCGGGGAUUUCGGUUUGUCUAGAGAAGUACCCGCUGUCGACUCGACCCUAAGCGGACAUGUUGGGGGAGCUUUUUUCUCUAGCCCUGAAAUGAAACGAGGUGAAAGAGACUACACUUUCAAAACGGACAUUUUUUCCGUGGGGCUUAUCGUUCUCGUCAUGUUACACCCGUUCAGCACCGAGAAAGAGUUGGAGAGGGGGUUGGACGUCGUUAGAGAUGGUGACAGUCGAAUCUUGGAAAACGUUGUGAUCACCCAUCCACGAAUUUAUGACCUCUUGAGAGCCAUGCUGAAACGAAAACCGGAAAAUAGACCGACCGCUGAGGAGGCUUUGACUGUUAUGAAAAUCAUAUCGACAAAAUAAACUUGAAGAAUAAUUCAAUUUAAAAAAUCGACUAUCAAAAAUAAAAGUGUCUGACACUUCAUAAAUUCCAACGGUAAAAAUAUUCUUUUAGAAUUGCGACACUUACAAUUGGCAGGAAGGCACUAAUUUAGUUGUAAAUUUCAUCUUUACCUGAUUCUGUUGUGAAUAAACCAUUGUAAUUUGCUCACGAAUA